AACGCAGCGCAGGCGUGUGAUUCAAAUGUUUGUAUCGUAAAAUACAGUUCAUUCAUUCUGUUUAUUAUCAAAAUUUUUGAUUAAAAAGCCUAGAAUUUGUUAAUAAAUGACGGCCACUGUCAAUGUUUUAGAUCUUUCCAAGUCUUUUGAUAGUAAUGAUUUGGCAAAUAUGGCAAAAGAAGAUGAAAGCUCCAAUAAUUUUGCAAAAACGCUAAAAUUUAGUACUGAUAUGAGAUUGACCACUCCGAAGCCUGUUCUUCAUAUUGGUGCAUCUACGGAGUUUCAGCGUCAAGUUUCUGCAAUGCCAAGAACCCCCUUCAAACCGGGGACAGGCUACAGCAGAGCGGGUACCGGGUUCAAACCCACGACAAAUUUCAAGAAACCCGGCACUGGCAAACCGGGAACGGCAGCUUUCAGACCGCCAACAGGAUUGGAGAACGUCACCAGACCGAUGACAGCUGUCAGGGGGCGCGGGGUACACUUCUGGGGUGGCAAACCGUUCGAUCCUUUGAACCAAGCGGGGGCGGUACAGCAAACGCCGCCACUGGAAUUGCAGAAAGACGACUCGCCAGAGGAAAAGAUGCGUCAACAGGAAAUAAAAAUAAUGCAGUUAGUUGAGGAAUCCUGUAUAGCUCAAAGCGAGGGUGAUCUACGUAAAGCAUUGACCAAAGCCAAAGGAAGCUUCAAACAAAGAAAGAAGUUUAAUAAAACACAGGAGCAAAGUGAUCUCUCAGAUCACCAUAACAUCGACCUAACUUAUGUCGUUCUCUUCAAUCUGGCCAAUCAGUAUGCUGCAAACGAAUUGUAUACCGAAGCUCUGAACACCUACCAAAUGAUGACAAAAAAUCGCAUGUUUGCCAAUGCCCACAGAUUAAAAGUUAAUAUGGGCAACGUCUAUCUGAAACAAGGACAGUACCACAUGGCCGUAAAAAUGUACCGUAUGGCUUUGGACCAAGUACCAUCCACUCAGAAAAAUCUAAGAAUCAAAAUUAUGCACAACAUUGCCAUGGUCUUCGUCAAAAUGGGCCAAUGGGAAGAGGCUGUGAACAGUCUGGAGUUCAUCAUGAGUGAGCAAGCCUGUCAUAGGGCAGGCUUGCACUUGGUGGCCUGUUGCAGAGCGUUAGAGGAUCGCGAUAGAAUGAGAACAGCAUUCUCUAUGCUUCUCACGGUACCACUCGACGUUGAAGACGAUGACAAGUACCAUUUGGAGCAAGAUAACCCUGAAGAUGCUCUGUUAGCUCUAGCAAUAAAAAAUGAUGAUUUGCACAAGUACGAGGUACAAAAACGUCACGAUGCAGAGUACUGUAUUCUUACAGCAGCCAAGCUCAUAGCACCUUUUGUAGAGGAUAAUUUUAGUGACGGUUAUGAUUGGUGUGUGUCAGCAAUAAAAACGUCAGAAUACUCGCCUCUGGCUUCUGAUCUGGAGAUAAACAAGGCAGUGAUGUUUUUGAAGCAAAACCAACUGUCUGAAGCUGUGGCUGCCUUGAAGGCCUUUGAAAAGGAUUCUGAUAUUGCCCUGAAUGCAGCCACUAACCUUUGUUUUAUUUACUUCAUGCAAGGUGAUUACAACAAUGCACUCAUCUAUGGAGAAUCGGCAGAAAAACAUGCAUCUCCCGACGCCAAUGCCUUAGUGAACUACGGCGCAUGUCUCCUAGCCAAGAACCACCUUGACCACGCCUCCCGUUGUUUCCGCAAGGCCCUGGACCUGGACUGUACCCACUUCGAGGCCAUCUUCAACCUAGGCCUUUGCCUGAAACGUCAAGGGCACUACCUGGAAGCCUUGACUUGUUUCCAGAGGUUCUCUGGCUCUUUAGCUCUGUUGCCUGCCGUGGUUUACCAAGUGGCUAACCUUUUGGAGCUGGUUGGUGAUGUGGAGGCUGCAGCUGAUACGUACCAACAGCUUUUGGGAUUGGUACCCACCGAUUCCAAGGCUUUGCAGAAGUUGGGGGAGUUGUUUGACAAUGAAGGCGAUAAGCAACAGGCACAUCAUUAUCAUGUUGACUCUUUUAGGUACUACCCAGGAAAUAUAUCUGCUAUAGACUGGUUAGGGUCGUACUACAUUGAAAUGCAGGUGGUCGAGAAAGCGCUGUCGUACUUUGAAAAGGCGGCCAUAAUGCAGCCGGGGGAUCCCAAAUGGAACAUGAUGGUUGCAGGCUGUCACAGAAGAAGCGGUAAUAUGCACAAGGCUCUAACUCUGUACCAAGAAAUACAUAGACAAUUUCCAGAAAAUAGCGAAUGCCUACGUUUCUUGGUGAGACUGUGCAGUGACCUUGGCAUGCGAGAGGCUCAAGACUAUUUGUUGGAGCUAAAAAAACUGGAAAAAUCUAAAGAAGUUCGUGAACGGGUGAAUAGUAGCAGACCAGCUUCUCGAAGGAGCAAUAGUGGUCUGUCAUCGAGGACAGGAUCCGGAUUUAGUCCAGUACUGGAACAUGACACCUCAAAACGUACUCCUCCACCUUCGGCCAAUAGAAACCUGCGCAGUACUAGGACGGUACGUCAUCAGGACAGCGCAGGCAGUUCAGACUCUGGAAUAGGACAAAAUAAUCUAGAUUAUAACUAUGCAGAUCCUUUGGGUCCUUUACCAGUAAGGCCUAGGACUGGGGCAGGGAAAGGAUUCGAUUUUGAAGACUUUGGAAACGAAGAACUGGGAGAUGAUUUAUUGCCUGAAUAAAAAGCUUUUUGUGUAAGAAUUAUUACAUGUUCUUCAAUACUUUUUUUCCUCUACUGCGUUCAAGCCUGUCGUAUUUGCGAUUCAGAUAUAUUACAGAACAAACCAGGACGUACAACUUGAUGUACAACACGUCGUUACGUAUGUGACCACUUUACAAAUCAAAACACUAUAGUUAAUAUAUGUUGUAUACCAAUCAAAUUUAGACAGAUAAUUUGUUCAACGGAAAGAUACAUGACAGUGACAAUGACAGUUGUCUGCCAUGUAUUUUCUGUCAUUUUUUGGAUAUCAUCUGUCGAAAUAUUGCCUGAUGCGUUGGACAGGCUAUAGGUAGAUUUUUCUUUAAAAAUAUA